UCACAGGCGCUCAAGAUGAUAAUCUCCUGUGGGGACACAUGUUACCUGGACGGUCAGAGAUAGGCUCUUGGAUAGUUGGAUCAGGAUAAUAGAUUGCGAUUCGAUCUUCAUCUUUGCUUCGGCGUUGGCGAGACUCGAGACUGAGAGAAAACGAUAUUUCAGUUGGAAAUGGGAACUCUGUCAUUCUUCCCCCUUCAUGUUUCUUCUCUACUACGACAUCAUCAUUGCUCAUCAAAAACCCAUCUCGUCAAUCUUGUUUUCUCGCCAAAAAUCUCUUCAAUCAAGCUUACUCCAAAAGAUUUCUGUAACCAAAUCACAGUUGCUCGAUGCAAUCGAAAUGACUUGAACGAAUCUAGGUUCGUGGAUGAAAACGGCGUGGUUGAGGACAUGGAUGGUUAUAUGAACUACCUUUCUCUUGAGUAUGACUCUGUUUGGGACACCAAGCCAUCAUGGUGUCAGCCGUGGACAAUAAUGUUUACUGGACUAUUGGUUAUUACUUUUAGCUGGCUAAUCUUACACUCUCUUCCAGUCACCAUUGUGGUUCUAUCCCUGAUUUGUGUGUGGUGGUAUCUCUUUCUCUAUGCAUAUCCCAAGCUCAGAUCAGUUAUUUGAUGUAUUAGUCAAGUUAAAUCCAAGGGAGAAACCUAAAGGAUGGUGCUCUGGUGAAGCACCUUCUCUCACACUGGCCUGGAGAAGUUAAAUAGUAACAGUGAAGUAUGGAAAAAUUGGUUGAUUUUCACAGCAUCUGUUGUUUGUUUAUCAUAGUGUUCCUUUUUUUAUCCAUCUUUGUUUGUCAGCUUGUAGUAGUUAUGAUCUGUUGUUCACUAGACUUUACCGGUGGAUGUUGGAAGGAAAGGAAUAACCGUAAUGAAUUUUCUGUAAUAUGGUAUCAGAGUGCACAUGAGGUUAAUAUCUAGAAACAAAAUGUGAUUCAUUCAAUCCAGAAUAGUGUUGUAAAAAUUGGUUAAAUGAACAGAGUGCACCAUGAAUCUGAGUGGAGCCUCCAGAGGAACAACCACAGAAAGAAGGCUUGCCAAUGAUGUUUAUUACCAACACAAUAAUGUGCCACAAAGUACUUUUGUUUCCUUCACUAGGUACAGAUUGGGCAAUGGAAAUAAAAUAAAAUUUUGGACUGAUCUCUGGUGGGGAAACAAUCCCCUAUCAGUUUCCUUCCCUUCCCUGUUUUCUUUAGUAAGAGAUAAAAAUGCCCUGGUCUCCUCAACCAUCCUUUUGGCAAAAAACCAAGCUUCAUAUAAUUUUAACUUCCAUAGAGACUUAACAGAUUCUGAAAUCUCAGACAUUUUCUGCCAACUCUCCAUGAUCUCAGAAGGCUUCCUCACUCCCUCAUCUCAAGACAAGCUAAUUUGGUCCCUCACUCCCUCAGGCCAGUUCUCCUCCAAUUCCUACUUUCAAAAGCUAAUAGAGAACCCUCCCCCCCCCCAGCCUUUCUGGACAAAAGGAUUUGGCUCUCCUUUGCUCCCCCCAAAGUGGCCUUCUUCGUUUGGGAGGCAGCCUGUGGCAAGCUGAACACCUGUGAUAUCUUACAGAAGAAAUCCUUGGGAAAGAGAUAUAUCUCCCCCCAUGUUUGUUUCAUGUGCUUUGAGAAUGGAGAGUCAAUUAGUCACUUAUUAAUCAACUGCAGCUUUUCCAGAAAUAUAUGGCAAUUUUUUCUGGAUGCGUCUCUAGGUGGAAGCUACGGCUGGACUCCUCCAGACUCAGUCACUGAUUUUGUUACCCAGUGGGUCAAACCAAAGAUGAGGAAAAGAGGAAAGCUCUUUUUGGGAAGCAGUAAUUCAUGCUGUGAUGUGGGGAAUCAGGGAAGAAAGGAAUAGAAAAAUCUUUGAGGAUAGCUUCUCCUCCUUGGAUAGUGUUCGUGAGAAGAUCUUAUCUAAAACUUCUUCUUGGAUGCUGGUCCACCAGCUCUUCGAUGGGGUGAACAGAGGGGAUUUACAAAGAAACUGGCUGCAAGUCCUGUAGGGACUGUGACUACUUUUUACAGUUUGAUGACAGCUUUAGAAGGUCGCUGCAGCCUCCAUCAGCUGCUGGAAUAGGGGGUACUGUGAGAAACUCUACAGGAGAUGUCUUGUGGGCCUUUAGUGGCCCAGUCCAAGCUGCAGAUGCCUCAGAAGCUGAAGUCAGAUCCCUUAUAGAAGGUUUAAUAGUUGCUAUGAACAACCAUUUCAGUCCAUUAGCAGUAGAAGGAGACUCAAGAGUUACAAACAAGUGGGAAAAAGAUUCGGAUGAGGAUCCAUGGAAGCUAGCUCACCUCCUUGCAGAAAUCCAUGAGCUGUCUUCUUUGCUGAACUUCUCUUUUAGAUGGGUUCCCCAGGAGAUCAAUAGAACAGCAGAUGCCUUAGCAAAGCAAGGAUUGGGAAGGGACUUUUUGUAUAGUGCUAACUCUUUGCCAUCUUAGUUUGAUACAGGCUUUUCCUUUUAUGUUUUUUAGGCCUGUUUGUACAUCCCUCCCCCCCUUUUUGAAUAUAAGUUAUCCUUCUCUUCAAAAACAAUAAUGUGCCAUAGUGAACUUGGGGAUUAUGAUAAAUUGAAAUUUUGAGAUGUGAUGAAAUGUCUGUGCCUGUGGUUUUGUUGUGUGGUUGGUUUUGUUUUUGAAAGCAAAAACAAAACCAACCAUACUGUUGAAACACCCCCUUAAAGUUCCAAUUAGAUUGAUUUGACAAGAUGAUAUGUAUGACACCAACCCAAGGCUGCUGAAUGGUCCACUUAUAUGAUUAGUUAUAAUAUUUGGCUGUUCUUAACUCAAAUGUAUAAGAUGGAUGCUCUGAAAGAUACAUUUUGGGCAACUGGUUGAUGGUAGGAGUAGAAUUGGUUUAUACAAUGCACCAGAUAAGGCAGAAGUGUAUGCUGUUAACUUGCAUUUCUG